CACUUAACGUCGACGCUGUAUCCGUAAAUUACUACCUUUACGCUCUGCUGCUGGGGGUUACGGAAAUACCGGCGUACCUGCUACCAACCCCGGUAUUGAUGGUAAUGGGACGAAGGCAGGCCAGCUCGAUUCUCUUCGGCACUUCCGGUCUGCUGCUCAUCGUCAUACUUGCCCUGCCAAGAUCCCAGACAGUGGCCAUCGUCUCGGUCAAUCUCAUUAGUCGAUUCUCAUUGUCAGCCGCUUAUGGAAUUAUGAUCCUCUACGCCUCGGAACUCUUCCCAACGAUCGCCCGGAGUUCAGCCUUGGGGACGAGCGCGGCGAUGGCCCACGUAGGCAGUAUCGUCGCACCUUUCAGCGUCGACAACCUCGUGACGCUGGCCUGGUGGGGCCCUAGCACCUUAUGCGGGGUCUUGGUUCUCGGGGCCGCACUCGCGUGCCUCGUCUUACCGGAGACGCGCGACAGACCGUUAGCCGACAGCGUCGAGGAAGAACCUGCUAGCACCGACACCGAGCGCGACUCACUGCAGCGAAGACUGAAUGAGAAGCGACCCGAGGACGAUUAUGAGCGCAGCUCUGAUCAAAGAAUCUCGAUUGAUGACCCUAAGCCGGCCGACGACAGUUUAGCGGAUC